AUGUUAUCGAAUACAAAAGAUCUUGAUUUAGGUCGAAUAUCAAUAUAUGAUUUAAAUACUGAUAAUAUUGAACUAUCAUUAUCGGAUAUUCAAUUAAAAAAAUUCACAGGUUAUGAUGAUGAACAUUUGAAACGAUUAAAAUAUCUUUUUCAACAAAUAACUGGUCCGAAUAAAGAUACAUUAGAUAUGAAUCAUUUUGAAUCGGCUGCAAGAUCAAUGUGCCAUUCAUUAACUGAAUCUAGUGAAGCACAUCAUUUAGCUGAAAUUCUUUUUCAAGCAUAUGAUAAAAAUACGAGUGGUUCAAUUGAUUUUUCUGAAAUGAUUGAUUUUGUUUGGACAGUUGUUGAUGCACCACGUGAAGAACAAAUUGCUGGUUUAUAUCAAGCAUUACAAGAAUCAAAUGGGAAAUUAUCAAAAAAUCGUUUAAUUGAAUUUUUAAUAAUUUUAAAGGAAGAUUUUCAGCCGAAAAAUACUAAACAAGGUCAAUUAAAAUCAUUAAAAACUGAUGAAGAUAUUCGAAAUCGAGUUGAUGAAUGUUUUUCAUAUUUUAAUAAUCCAUUCGAUGGUCUUAAUUUAAAUCAAAUUAUUGAAUAUUUUCUAGGUGUAAAAGAUUCAUUUGCAAAUAAUGUUAAAACUCGUUGGAAUGCUCGAGUUCAACGACGUCAUAAAAAGAAAAAAUAG